AUGUUCGUCAUUAAAGAUCUCGUGGUGGAUAUGACUCAGUUCUACCAGCAGUAUAAGUCCAUCGAGCCGUGGCUGAAGACCAAGAAGCUGCCGGAAGAUGGAAAGGAAUUUCUUCAGACUAAGGAAGACCGGGCUAAGCUUGACGGCAUGUAUGAGUGCAUCCUGUGCGCGUGCUGCAGCACCUCGUGCCCCAGCUAUUGGUGGAACCCUGAGAAGUACCUCGGACCGUCUGCGCUUCUGAAUGCCAACAGGUGGAUCAUGGACAGCCGUGAUGAGUAUACCAAGCAGCGGCUUGAUGAUUUGAAUGAUCCAUUCAAGCUGUACCGUUGCCACACCAUUAUGAACUGCACCAAGGCGUGUCCCAAGGGGUUGAGUCCAGGAAAACAGAUCGCCAACAUCAAGCGCCUGAUGGUGACCAAAAGCUGA